AUGACCAGCCCAGACUCGCAAACAGUAGAACUGGAUCGUGAGUUCCUCGACACUGUCACAGUUCACGGCCGCGAGUAUCAAAAAAUAUUCCAUCGACCACCGGGUAUAUUUUGGACCAGUCGACGAUCACAACGCCUCGACGAAGAACAGCGAGUCUUUCAGCGUAUUUUCGAUGACCGUCUAAUCUUUCCACCAAUUCGACGACCACAGAGGGUCCUUGACUGUGGUCACGGCUCUGCAUCAUGGGCCGUAGAGGUCGCAGAACAGUAUCCAGACUGUCAAGUUAUUGGCGUAGACAUUGCCCCGCACAUGAGCCCUGACGAUGUGCCUGAAAACCUAUGGCUUCAAGUUGACAACCUGAACCGAAACUUCACAUUCCCCGCGAACCACUUCGAUCUUGUCCAGUCUCGACUUCUUGCGACCGGUAUCCACCAUUCUCGAUGGCCAACCUAUGUCCGCGACAUUGUGAGGGUGCUGAAACCAGGCGGAUGGGUUCAAAUGAUCGAAAUAUACUUCAAUGUCCAAUCGGACAACGGUUCAAUCACUGAUGAGCAUGCCUUGAGACGAUGGAGCACACAAUACAUGCGCGCACAAGAAGACCGAAAGGAUCUUAGGAUUGGGACCAGGCUGCGAAGCAUGUUGACGAGUGCGGGGUUGACAGAGGUCGACACGAAGAUGAUUCCACUUCCAUUGUCUGCAUGGGGGAAUGAUCAGAGGACACGCGAUAUCGGCCAGGCCAACAGCGGUAAUAUUCAAAAGCUUCUUCGAUCCUUAGCACUAUACCCUCUCACGAAACGACUGCACAUGUCGAUUGAGAACUUCGACACAUUGGUGGAACAGGCACAGGAAGAGGCCAAAGAUCCAUCUCUCAAAGCAUAUUUCCCCUUGUAG